AUGUGGAGACUAAGGAUCGGAGCUAAGGCUAGAGCUGAUCCUUACUUGUGCACCACCAACAACUACCUCGGAAGGCAGGUAUGGGAGUUUGAUGCUCUCCAGAGGAACUUGCCGAGGGAGAAGAAGUGUGAGCAAAAGAUUCCGCGAGCCAUAGUAGAUGAUGCAAAUAAAAUAACUUACGAAGACGCUAAGGCGACACUUAGAAGAGGGUUACUUUUUAUGGUUGCGUUGCAGUCUCAUGAUGGACACUGGCCUGCUGAAAAUGCUGGUUGCAUGUUCUUCAACGCUCCCUUUGUCAUAUGCUUGUAUAUCACUGGUCAUCUUGAUAAAAUCUUCUCUCAAGAGCAUCGGAAAGAGAUGUUGCGUUACUUGUACAGUCAUCAGAGAUUCACUAGCAAGAGUACGUAG